CAGUACUGGUCAACCCUCCCCCUCCUCAGCUCUUUCUACCGCCUCUCAUGUUCCUGACUGGCUGGAAACACGUGUGCCAUGGCGCCCUCUUCCGGGGUUGUCGGGCAUUGCGCCCAGGAGGUAAACACGCGUUUAUUCUCAGAGAAAGAUCACUGGGGCCCCCAAGCGGCCGAACGUGGAACUGCUCCCUGCCGGCCACUCCAUCUUCUUUCCUCCCCAUGCAUCUUCUGAAAUGGAGGUGAAACAACGAAGCGCUCCACAUUAACGAGUCACCAAAAGAAAAUACUAAAAAGUAGAAUAUUAUUAUUACUUGAAAUAUUAAAUGUUUAAUUGUUCAGUUGUAUCAGAAACAAUGGGCGACUUCUUUGUUUCAUGUUAUGUUUUUAUUUGUUUUUAUAAUGAAUUUAGGAUUGUACGGUUAAAAUGAAAGGAUGCUUUAUUCGUUCAGAAUUAGAAAAUCAUUAGAUUGUUAACAAAAAUCCUACUAAUGUCUUUCAUUAAACCCACAAAAUGUAAUGAAUGCGACAUGAAUAUGUUUGAUUUCAACUUUGCAAACCUCUAUAACUCUACCCAUAUUUUCUGAUAUUUAUGCUUACAGUAAUGUUUAUCCAUCUUUGUUGCUUUGAUUCGUUUCCCUCAUAUUGACAAUUAGUUGUACUGUCACCCAUGCAUGACGUCAUUUAAAGACAACUUUAUCUCAGACUCACUUCAGACAAAGAAAGUUAAUUGUGAUGUUCCGUAACUAGAAUAAAACAAGUUCUCCGCUGAAAUAGUUCAGUUUUCAUUUUGUGUGGAAAUGAAGUGGUUGGUGUAAACAGUUUCCAGGCCAGCAGGGGGCGCGCAGCUGGAGCAAAAAUGUUGCGCGUUUAAGGAAAGGAAAAAACCGAGUGCGGAGUCUGCGCAACGAAGUUUCGGGAGAACCGCAGAGAAAGAAGGAGGAGGAGGAGAACAGCGCCAUUUUUAUUUUACUGGUCUGGGCCCGGUUCUGAUGGAUUUCCCAGAGGAUCAGAAGAUGGCGGCGCCCGGCGGCGACGCGGCGUGGGGCGAAGACGAGGAAGACGGCGUCCAUGGAGGAGUGAAGGAAGCGUUCCGGUCCAAACCCCGGUUCUCCUACACGGAGGUGAAACUGCUGCUGGAUGAGGUGAAGAAGAACAGACACAUCCUGCUCAAGAAGUUUAACCGCGGCGUGUCGGUGGACGCCAAGAAGCAGAAGUGGACCGAGAUCACGGAUCGGAUCAACGGGCUGGGAGAGAACCACCGAGAGACGCGGCAGAUCAUGAAGAAGUGGGCGGACCUGAAAUGCGACGGGAAGCGGCGGCUGCUGGCCCUGCGGGGCCCCAACGGCUCCAACCUGAGGAAGAAGCGUCUGGGCCCGGUGGAGCGGAUGGUGCAUCGCAUCCUGAUGAUGAGUCCUUCCAGAGAUGGCGGCAGCGACCAGGACUGGAGUCCUGCCGAGGACUUUUCCAAGUCGCUCCAGACGGGUCCGCUGAUGCAGCCGCCGGCGCCGUAUUCCUACCUGAACUUGAAUGAGAACUCCGGUUCCCAUGGCGACGGCCUGUCCUUCGACAUGUCGCCUCUGUCCUCGCCGGAGAACGAACCCGACGAGCUGAUCCACUCCUCCUCCGAGUUCGAGCAGGCCGAUGAUGAAGGUCCGUCCUCCCAGGACGUCAAGCAGAGGAUCAGACCCGUCUUCACGUACUCCAGGACUCACCAGAACCAGAACCAGAAGUCCUGCAGCCUCCCUCCAGGGGGCGCCGUUCCCUCCUCCUCCUCCUCUUCGUCGGCAGCGGCCGCCCGCCCCGUCGCUCCCGUCCCGUCGCUCCCGUCCCGGCCGUCCCCAUCCCGGCUGUCCUCCCAGAGCCUCCAGCAGCAGCGUGCGGGCCGCCUGCUGCUGGGCUCGGUGUCGCGCUCCCUGGAGGUUCUGACCCGGUCCGUCCAGCUGCUGGUGGAGAACCAGCAGGAGUUCGUCCAGGAGUCGCUGCAGCUGCAGAGGGACGCCGUGGACGUCCUCAGAGACUUCUCUGAGACUGCGCUGCGAAUGCUGAGGGACAAAACCAGCAGCGGACCGCCCGGACCGGACCAGAACCUACAGCAGAACCACCAGCAGAAUCCCCCUACCGGGUCUCAGCAGCAACAUCAAGCCUCACGGUUCUGACCCUCCUACUGCCCAUCUGACCAGAACCGGAACGCAGGACACGCUGACCUGCUGCAGGGCCGGAACCAGGUUCUGACCCAGUCGGUGCCGUUGGUUCUGAUCUGGUCGGUUCCGGCUCUUUAUUUAUUGACAUCCUGCUCAGGUUGUCCUCACGUUGGCAGCAGGACAAAUGGAGAAAAACUCCCAAUUAUUUUGAUUUUUCAAUCAACUCACUUUAUUUUAAGUUGUCAACAUUAAACACAGGAAACAAAAACAUAA